AUGUCUCACCUACAGCCGACGUCUUCGGCAGGUCGGCGGGGGGCGAUCACUCCUCCUCACACAGGAGGCUUCAUGGGCAGCCGCACACCGUUACAAACUCACUGUCGUCGUGAACGCAGCGGUCUUGCAAAGCAGAUCAAGAAAGUCAGCGACGAUGGCAAAAAGAGUCUACUGGAAGCCAUUUUUUCCAAGAAGAAGAGCGCCAAUGGACCGCCGUCGUCCAGUCCGAACCGCCGCGCACCCGCACCGACGCCAGAUUCAGCGGCUUUGGCUCGUGGUGUUGAGAUUUUGCACACUAUCUUUCCUAAGUGGGAGUCGGAGACGCUGCAAGUGGUGCUGGAGGCCAAUCGGUUUAUAAUGGAGGACACUAUUGCAGCAGUGCUGAAUAUGGAGCAAGCAGAACAUGCGGCGGUGCGAGCAGCCAAGUUAAAAGGGGCGAAAAAUGCGUGUGAGAACAAUCGAUGGCCUGUGAAGCACCCACUGCCGGACGACUUUCUAAAGUUGCCAGACGAUGAUGAGACAGUUGUAGAUGUGCCAUCGGAGGAAGGAAUCGCAGAAGAGGAGGAUGAAGAGUGCGGGGAAAGUGAGAAGGAGGAAGAGGGCGAACUAGAGGACAAGGGGGGUUUGGAGGCGUCUGACGCUGAAAGACAGUCGGUCGGAUAG